GGAGGCUCCUUGGCAGUCACCUUCCUGUGCUGCUCGCGGGAGUGGUGACCAUGGCUCAGAGCUCCCCGCCGCCCUUUGACCCCAGCAGCCCCCCCCUUAUCGAGGGCUUCAUCCCCACCCCCCUGCACCGCGAGGGGUUCCGGGACAAGUUCCUGCGCAAGAGCCGCGAGAACCCGCUGGUGCCCAUCGGCUGCCUCUCCACUGCAGGGGCUCUGACCUAUGGACUCAUUUGCUUCCAGAAGGGCAAUACCCACCAGUCCCAGCUGAUGAUGCGGGCCCGUGUCCUGGCUCAGGGCUUCACCAUUGCUGCCAUCAUGGUGGGGGUAGUGGCCACAGCAAUGAAAGCUCAGAAGUGAGGUCAGGCUGGCCAUGAGCCGCAGCCUCCAGGAGUGGACAGACAACCUGUGCUUCAUGUCGUAGAAAUGCGCCCUUUGGCUGCUCUCAUCUUGCUGGGGGACCAGCUCAAUGGUGGUGGUGGUGGAGCAAUUAUUAAAGAUCCUACUGGGUUCUAGAGUUUUGGAAAUGCAGCGAAUACACCUGAGUGAUUAAACCUAAAACUUGACCUGCGAGAUUUCUUGACUCCAUGGGCACUCAUCCUUUCCUGGGGGACCCACAGGCAGCAUCAGGAUAAGGCCUCUGUCUCUAGCACCCAGCAUUAUUAAUGGCCGUUGGACCCAUUGCCUUGGUGACCCCCAUGGGGAAGGGGCUGUGCUGAGGCUUAGGCAAAUCAAGUGAUGCACCUUUCCGGGCAGGGAGUGGGAGAAAGAGAGCAGUCCCUCUCUCUGGGGCUAGAUCCUGUCUAGAGAGAUCACAUCCCAUGACCAGGGCUUGUCUGGAGAGAAUGGGUGAUCGAUUAGGUUACCAACCAUAAGCCAACUACACCCGUGCUUCGUAAAGAGAAAAUUGCAGUGAGAUUCUGAUCAGGACAUUGAAUUCCAAAGCAGAGGGAAAUUGUGAAGGGUUCUUGCGUACUAUGGUGGUGGGGGAAGGAGGGGGAAACAGGUAGAGAACCACUACCUUGCUGCUGUAGUGAUGGAGAUUAGGACACAGGAAAUGUAGCUUGCUGUUAGAAUGUGUGAAAUUGGAGGGUUUCAAAGGUGGGGUCAGAUAAGGUCUGUGGUUUUUUUAAUAAUAUUUUGGUUGG